UUUCUUCCGGUAGGAAAUGUGCCUUUGAAUGGAUGUUAGCUAGCAGCUAACAAACCGAGGCGUGUAAAAAUAUGAAACUUAAAUUAACGCAUGGUGCAUUUUUGUUCGCGUUUCUCGAGCCUGUCGCUGAAUAACUUUGUUUUCCAGCUGAGUUGUGCUUAAAUGGUCAGUUGUCUUCUCAGUUCUCGCGUAUUGUCCUGUUCUACAGCCUACAUGGAGGGUUCGUCGUUUCGGUUUUCUGCCCCCCAGGACGGAGCAGUAGGCCCGGCGGAAAGGAGGGAUUCCGACACAGACCUCACCCGGGACACGAGAACUCAUUUUCGUGUGUGUCGCUUUAUAAUGGAGACAGGAGUGAAGCUCGGUAUGCGCUCGGUGCCCGUGGCCACAGCUUGUGUGUUGUAUCACAGUUUCUUCCAACGUGCCAGCGUCCGUCAGUAUGAGCCCUACCUGGUGGCCAUGAGCUGCGUGUACCUGGCUGGAAAAGUGGAGGAGCAGCACAUCAGGACCCGGGAUAUCAUCAACGUUAGCCACAGGUACUUCAACAAAGGCAGCGCUCCUCUGGAAUGUGACAAGGAGUUCUGGGACCUCAGGGACAGUGUGGUGCAGUGUGAGCUCCUCAUCCUCCGACAGCUCAACUUCCUCGUCUCCUUUCAACAUCCUCACAAGUAUUUACUCCACUAUCUGCUCUCUGUGAGGUCGCUUGUAAAUCGCCACGCUUGGUCUCGAACCCCUGUGGCCGAGACUUCCUGGGCGCUGCUCAGAGACUGCUACCACGGAGCCAUGUGCAUUCGACACACACCGCAACACAUUGCCAUAGCAACCCUGUACCUGGCCCUGAACAGCUAUGGUGUGGAGCUGCCUGUCGGCGAGAGAGAGUGGUGGCAGGUGCUGUGUGAGGAUGUAACCAGAGCAGACAUCGACGCCGUCAUCUCGGACCUUCUCCAGCUCUACGACAUGGAGGCCAAGUGUCUAUGAGGCGCACGCCUGCAAAGCCAUGUGAAAGGUUGUGUUUGUGUCUGUGCGGCACAAACGUGUGUGCGCAGUUCUGCACGGUGGAGCAUCAGGAUUCACGUGCAUCUGGGAUGAGUGUGUUGGUGAUGGAGAGCUUUGUGAUUCCUCGUCUGAUCCAUAGUGUUCAGAGAAACAUUGCUGCAGUGCCAUUUCUGGCCACAUGGGGGAGACAUUUUUCACGUUUUUGGACUCAACCUUUCCUGAGAUUGAUGUGCUCCAGAUUUUUCUUUCUCUCCCAUCUCAUCCACACAUGCACAUGGCAACAGUCUCAUCCACGCAGGAUGUGGUUUUAACUACAAACUCAUCAACCAGUUUCAUGUUUAGCUGCAAAUACCAGUACUACUGGAGCUGCGUUAGUCAUGCCCACUCCGCCAGACUAACCUUAACAGUAUUAAGGAUAAAUAUUAGGAAAACAUUUUAUACUUGACACUCUAAGUUAAUCCUGACAGAUUUUAUUUUAUGUGAUAUUAUAUUCACAUUUGAACUGCACUGAUUAGCUGAUAAGCUUGUUCAGCUGUAGUCCCAGUGUUAUUGUCAGAUAUUUGCCAACUGAAGCACCUGUUGUUUUAUUAGAUCUUUUGUGUUCUGCAUCACCACCAUUUAAAGAGAGUUGUGGUUUAAAUGCAGUUUUAUUAAACUUUUAUUCCGCAGUGGUAA